AUGACGACUGAAAGUAAAGACAAAAUUUUUCCAAGUUUUACAGAAUUAAGAAUAUAUCCAUCAUUUACAGAAAUUAGAGAAAAAUUUAGUACACCACAGAAUUUUAAAAUGUAUUUUCCUCGUGAAGUUUAUGAUCAGAUAGUUACGGGUAGUCUCAGUGUUGAAGGCAUUCAAGUAUUAACACAAAAUGCGGUAACAAAAGCCAACAAUUUAGAAGGUCAAACAGUGUUUAUUCGUCGACCAAGAGAAGAACCUAUUGAAUGUCAAGUCAUUCGUCCAAAUGAUCUACUUUUAAAAGAUGUUAAAACAAAUCGAUAUUUAAAAGCACAACAACAUGAAUUAGAAUACGUUACAAUUCCUGAAGAAGAAGGUACAGAAGUGACAUUUGCAUUAAAUAAUACUGGAGAUGCAACAUUAUCCUAUUUGAUUCAUGGCAUAACGUGGACACCUCGUUAUAAUUUAAAGGUGACAAAGGAGCAACAUAUAUUUGAAGCUUGGGCUGAUAUGACAAAUUCAACAAAACGUGAUUAUAAAAUAAAACAUACUGAAUUAUUUGGUGGUGAUGUGAGAUUAAAUGCUCCACAACCACGUCAUUUUGGUAGUCAUUUAAGAAUGGCUAAAUGUUGUUGUUGUUGUGAUUGUGCUGGUGGAGCAGCGCCACAAAUUCAAUCGGAAGGUGAACUUGCUGGACUUUAUUGGUAUUCAAUUGAUCAACCAUUUGUUUUGGUAUCUCAAAGCACAUUUUCAUUGCCAUUUGUUGAAGCUAAUAUAACGUUAACAAAAUAUGCUGGAUUAGAAUUGCAUUUUGUAGAACGUACUCAAAAAGGAAAAUUUCAACGAAAAUAUCGUGUUGAAAGUGAUAAAUUUUUACCAAAAGGUACUGUGACAGUGAGAGAAGAUGGUCGAGUUGUUGGUCAAGCACAAGUACCAGAUAUGACACAAGGUGAUAAACAAGACUUAGAUUGUGGAAAUGAUCCUGAUGUGAGUUAUAAUCGUGAAGUUAAAGUAUUAAGUCAAAAACGAGAUAGUGCUACGUAUAGUGUAAAAUUAACAUUAAAAAAUUCCAAACAAAAAUCAGUGAAAUAUGAAUACAAGGAAAUUAUUUCGGCUGUUAAAUUUACUGUUGUGCCCAAAGGUGAUAAUUCAUCUAAAAUUAAAAUUCUUUCCGAAGGUUUUAAAAUUGAUGAAGAUGAUGAAUUACAAGAAAGUGGACAAGAACGAAUUUUUGAAUACGAAGUUCAGUUAGAAUAUAGAGAUCCAACUAAAGAUUAUGAAGAAUAG